UCAAAUAAUCCAUCUUUAUACAAUUCAUCAUUUUCAAAUAAUCCAUCUCUCUUCAAUUUCAAUUAUACAAUUCAUCACCACCAUUGUUGAUUAUGCCAAGAAAAGGCAUGAGAAGUUUUUGCUUUUCCCCCAAGUCAUCUUCAUCAUUCUCAUUCUCUCAUCAUCCUUCUCCCGGCGCCGGCGAUGGAAGUACUUACUCAAUAAGAUCAAGUUUCUCCGAAUCAUUCAUGGACACAACAAUAACUUCAGCAGAAACAAUCAUCGAGAAAUGGAAUCCAGACACAUCAACCUUCGCUAAAGUCACUUCUCUAUUCUACGAAAACAAACGCGAAGCAAAGGAUUUCAUCAAAUCUGUAUACGAUUUACGCAAGGCAAUGCACUUCACCGUCACAGAAGAUUCAGCAUCAGAGAGACUCGUACGAGCUCAGACAUUAAUGGCGAUCGCGAUGAAACGGUUACAGAAGGAAUUCUAUCAGAUUCUAUCAAUCAAUCGUGCUCAUCUAGAUCCUGAAUCUGUUUCCGCUAGAUCGUCACGGUUAAGCGGUUCAACAAGGUCAAGCACUUCUGAUUACGAUCAGGAUGAUGAUAGAGAAGAUGAAAUCAGGAUCGCGAAUGAAUCCGAAACUGACGAUGCUUCUGCUAUAGCCAUAGCCAUGGCGGAUCUGAAAACUAUAGCGGAAUGUAUGAUUGCUUCUGGAUAUGGAAAAGAAUGCGUGAAGAUAUACAAGAUCAUCAGAAAAUCAAUCGUUGAUGAAGGUAUAUAUAAACUCAACGUUGAGAAAUUCGGAUCUAAUCAUAUACAUAAAAUGGAUUGGGAUAUUCUAGAGAUACGAAUAUCCAGUUGGUUAAAUGCAGUUAAAGUCUGUGUAAACACGUUGUUUAACGGAGAGAGAAUCCUCUGCGAUCACGUUUUCUCAUCAUCAGAAUCCAUCAGAGAAUCAUGCUUCACAGAGAUCACGCGAGAAGGUGCAAAUACUGUUUUCGGCUUCGCCGAAAACAUCGCCAAGAACAUAAAGAAGUCGCCGGAGAAAGUAUUCGCCAUGCUCGAUAUGUACACCGUCAUCGCCAAGAACUGGCCGGAGAUCGACUCCAUUUUCUCAUUCCAAUCAACUUUCCAUAUCCGAUCGCAAGCGGUUAACGCUCUAAUCAAGCUCGCGGAGACAGUUCGUAUAAUCAUAUCUGAAUUCGAGACCUCGAUUCUGAAAGAUUCAAACAAAUCGCGAGUCGCCGGCGCCGGUGUUCAUAUGUUAACUCUCCAUGUAAUGAAUUACCUAUCAAUCAUCGGCGAUUACAGCAGCGUUCUAGCUGACAUUUACGCCGACGAACCACCGCCGUCAAAAUCAUCCUUACCGGAAUCAUACUUCAGUUUAACAGAUCCAGAUCACGAAUCAUCAUCAUCACCACCGCCAAUAACUCUACGAAUCGCCAGACUAAUCCUCGUUCUCCACUGUAAACUCGACGGAAAAGCAAAACAUUACAAAGACGUAUCAAUUUCCUACCUAUUCCUAGCGAACAAUUUCCAGCAAGUGAUAAAAAAGGUAAGAACAUCCAAUCUGAAAUACCUUCUGGGUGACGAUUGGUUAUCAAAGCAAGAUAAUAAAGUGAAGCAAUUUGCUGCGAACUACGUACGUCUGGGAUGGAGACAUGUAAUCGAAGCAAUACCGUCAGAUUCAUCGGCGAUGUCGCCGGAGGAAGUGAAGGAUUGUUUCAAGAGAUUCAAUUCGGCUUUUGAACAGGCGAUUCUUAAGCAAUCUGUUUGUGUUGUAAUGGAUAAUGAACUUCGGGAUGAGAUUAAAGUUGCGAUUGGUCAGAAGAUUGUGCCGGUUUAUAGAGAGUUUUAUCGACGAAAUAGGUUUGUGAUGAUUAGAGAAAGAAAUUUUGCUCCUCUUCUCCGAUUUGCUCCUGAGGAUGUUGGAAAUCAGCUGUCGGAACUUUUCUUUGCCGGCGCCGGCGCCGGCGGUGAUUCGCCUGCUUGGUCUAUUCAUUCACGGCCGUCGCUGUCUCGUUGAAACUGGUUUGUUUGUUUUAUUAUUGUUAUUAUUAAUUGUUUUGUGUAGAUGUUGAAGAAGAUGUUUAAAUAAUAAUAAAUAGGAUUAUUAAUAUAGGUUGUUAAAUGGUUAAGUGGAAAUUUUGAUUAUAAAUAAAUGCAAUCCAUAUUAUGAUUGGAUUUUAUUAAUCUCAA